AAUGAAUACAAUUGAUGAAUUGAGAAAGACCAAGUUUACGGAUAAAUUGGAGCAAUUUAUAUUAAAAAAGAGAAGGGCUUAGACGAAUCUGGAUGAGUAUCAAACAAGAAAACAAAGUAUAAUUUAUGAAUAUAAAGAAUAAUAAACUUAUGUUCCUUAAGACCAUAAAGAUUAGAUUUGUAGUUUGUGCAAAUGUUUUUAUGUGGAUUAUGUAACAACAACUUGCCAACAUAAUUGCUGUUAAAAAUGCUUAUUUGACCAUCUACUCAAAUGCCGAGUACUUUAAUUUAUAUUUAUGAAAGAAAAAAUGCCCAAUUUGUAGUAGAGAAUUGAAGGGGGAUUUUUCUUUUCCUUGUCUUUCCAUCGAUUACUGGAUAGGGAUUGCUCAGAAGAAUAAUAAAGAUUAUGAAGUUAAAUUAUAAGAGAUAGAAUUGUGGAAGGAGAGAGGAACGGUCAAAGAGUUCACAGUAGGAAUGAAAUUAGAUAUUCUGGACACAGUUUUUGUUUGGUGUGUAGGUGAAGUAAAAGAAAUAAGAUAUGGAAAAAAUGAGUAGCCUAAAUAGGUGUUCAUCCAUUAUCUUGGUUGGGAUAAGGUUUAUGAUGAGAUUAUAGAUGUUAAUAGUUUCAGACUGGCUCCACUGGGAACUAACACUUAACAAAAGAGUACUUCAUUUUAUUAAAUUAGAUGUGAUCUAAUACAAAUAAUCGAAUGUGGAGACAAUAUAGAGAAGUUUAAAUGUUAAUUAGAAUGCUAAUUCAAAUGCGAGAGAGACCAAUCAUCGAUCACUGAUAAUGGCACUAGCUAGUUAAUUUUUAUCAUUGAGAAAUGAUCUUUUUAAUAAUUAAAAUUGAUAUAAUU